AUGGCUGAGACGUACACGCCUAACGUUAUUUUGAUCACAGGAGCUGCAGGGUUCAUCGCCUCUCAUGUCGCCAACAGGAUCGUCCGGAGCCACCCGCAGUACCGUGUGGUGGUUCUGGAUAAGCUUGAUUAUUGCUCAAAUCUCAGGAAUUUGGAUGGAUCGAUGCGUUCGCCCAACUUCAAGUUCGUGAAGGGCGACAUCGCAAGCGCUGAUCUCGUGAACUAUCUUCUCCUGACUGAGGGGAUCGACACUGUCAUGCACUUCGCAGCUCAGACCCAUGUGGACAACUCGUUCGGAAACAGCUUUGAAUUCACCAAGAACAAUAUUUAUGGCACUCACGUGCUCCUCGAGGCGUGCAAGCAGGCGGGAACCAUCAAACGCUUCAUCCACGUCAGCACGGACGAAGUCUACGGCGAAACUAGUGCUGACGCUCUCGUGGGCAACAGCGAGGGUUCCCGCCUGCUCCCUACCAACCCGUACUCUGCCACCAAGGCUGGCGCUGAGAUGCUGGUCAUGGCAUAUAGCCAGUCGUACGGCAUCCCUUGCAUCACAACGCGCGGCAACAAUGUCUUCGGUCCGUACCAGUUCCCGGAGAAGAUGAUUCCCAAGUUCAUGCUGCUCGCCAUGCAAGGCAAGCCUUUGCCCAUUCACGGCGAUGGAUCCAACGUGCGGAGCUAUCUGUACUGCGAGGACGUGGCUGAGGCCUUCGAUGUCGUCCUGCACAAGGGAGCCGUGGGUCAAGUGUACAACAUCGGUACUUUGAGGGAAAGGCGAGUUAUUGAUGUGGCCCACGACAUUUGCAAGAUGCUUAACCUUGACCCCGAGAAGUACAUUGAAUUUGUCGAGAACCGGCCUUUCAAUGACUUCCGGUACUUUCUCAACGACCAAAAGCUCAAGGCUCUCGGCUGGGAUGAGCGGACUUCGUGGGAAGACGGUUUGAGGAAGACGUUUGAUUGGUACAAACAGAAUCUCGACUACUGGGGUGAUGUGUCGGGGGCUUUGCUUCCUCAUCCUCGCAUGCUCUCGUCAUACAGCAUGGAGAAACCGAUGCCCCGUGCGGAGCAGUUCAUGGAGAUUCCUUCGCCGUCGGUGGUGAAGGGCAAGCCACCUCUGAAGUUCUUGAUCUAUGGUCGAACUGGCUGGAUCGGCGGGUUGCUGGGCAAGCUUUGUGACGAGAGGGGCAUCGCGUACGAAUAUGGUACUGGCAGGCUGGAGGAUCGGCGCUCUAUUGAGGAGGAUAUUUCGCGGAUUCAGCCCACGCACAUUUUCAACGCUGCUGGUGUCACUGGUCGGCCCAAUGUGGAUUGGUGCGAGUCGCACCAGGUGGAAACCCUCCGAGCAAACGUCAUUGGUGUGCUCACGCUCUGCGAUGUUGCAAGGAACCAUGAUUUGCUGGUGAUGAACUACGCAACCGGUUGCAUCUUUGAGUACGAUGACAAGCACCCUCUUGGCACAGGGAUUGGCUUCACAGAAGAGGAAAGCGCCAAUUUCUUUGGUUCUUACUACUCCAGAACCAAGGGCAUGGUUGAGGAGAUGCUCAAGGCGUAUGACAACGUCUGUGUGCUUAGAGUUCGCAUGCCGAUCUCAUCCGACCUGUCCAACCCGCGAAAUUUCAUCACCAAGAUCUCCCGCUAUCAGAAGGUUGUGGACAUCCCGAACUCCAUGACAGUUCUGGACGAGCUGCUGCCCAUUUCCAUUGAGAUGGCCAAGAGGGGUCUUCAUGGUAUUUACAACUUCACCAACCCUGGAGUGAUUAGCCAUAAUCAGAUCCUUGAGCUGUACCGGGAUUACAUUGACCCCAACUUCAAGUGGCAAAACUUCACCCUGGAGGAGCAGGCAAAGGUCAUUGUUGCUGCACGGAGCAACAACGAGCUGGAUGCCACAAAGCUGAAGACAGAGUUCCCAGAGAUGCUUGACAUUAGUUUUGAGCAGCUGCAGCAAUCAAAGGCUUCCUCAUCAGCCUGGCAUCUAUGGUCGUUCGCGCAUCCCAUCUGCCAAACCGCCUCGUCCUCGCUCGCCGCCUCCGCUACAUCUCGCCUCGACAUCCGCCCCCCGUCCUCCGACGCCCCUCCGCCGUACGAUGGCAGCUGCGUGCUGCAGCUCGGCGGCUGCGACAAACCUGAUCGCUGCUUGUGGGGCGCGGCGGAGCAGUCUAUCCCCACGGAGCCCGGGCGGCGGUACCGCCUGACCUUCUAUUUCGCGCGCCGCCAACCGCUGCAGCGCGCGCUGCUCAUGCAGGUCUCUUUCGGCGGCGCCAACGCCUCCUUCUCUUCCGCCGAUGCCGCGAGCGUGGAUGCGAACGGGUACGCGCAGGGCAUGCUGGAGGUCGACGCGAGCGGAGACAAGACGGCGGUCGUAUUCACAGUGCUCUCGGCUGAGAACAGCACGAUCGUCGAUGGCGUGUCCGUUGAGCCCAUCGACGGCGCAAGCGCGGCCGGCGGUCUUUUCUCCGUGUUCGCAUCGGGCGACGCGUCCUCCUCCUCCUCUUCCUCCUCCCCGUCGCCGCUUUCUCUCGUCGUGAUAAUCGCCGUGCCUGUGGCCGUCGUGGCCGCCAUUCUCAUCGCCAUCUUCGUCAUGUACAAGCGCCGGUCUGCUCCGGCCUGCAAGGAGCUGUCGUUCGAGGGCGGAAUCGACUCCGCAGUGCCGUCCACGCCGUCCUCCAAGUCCAAGUGCGUGCGCUUCACCUUCGACGAGCUCCGCCGCGCCACCAGCGGCUUCAACGUGCUGCGCCGCCUCGCCGCGCCCUCCAGCACCAGCGGAGCCUACGGCGCGGUGUUCCGCGCGGAGGCCCCCGGCGGGCUGGAGUGGGCGGUGAAGCGCUUCCACCGCUUCAACUGGGGCGCGGCGGGGGAAUCCGAGCCGUUGUUCGUGGAUGAGGUGGAGGCGAUCGCGCGGCGGUCGCACCGCAACAUCGUGGGCAUCGUCGGGUUCUGCUGCGCGGGGAGCGAGCGGCUCGUGGUGUACCAUCUCAUGCCGCACGGGUCGCUGCGCGAUAACCUUCUCACCGCCGGCAACUCCCCCAUGCCGCUGCACCAGCGCGUGCGCGUGGCGAUCGGGGUGGCGGAGGGCCUGGCGUGGAUGCACUCGCAGCGGCCCAGGCUGCUGCACCGCAACCUCAAGCCGUCCAACAUCAUGCUCACCGCCGACGGCCAGCCCAAGAUCGCGGAUUUCUGCUUCGUGCACCACGGCGAGGGCGGGCGGCUGAACGCCGUGCCGCAGGCGCUUAACGAGGAGGGCUACCGCGACCCCGCCACGCCGCUGCUCGCGCCCUCCGCCCUCACCCCGCAACACACGGACGUGUACAGCUUCGGCGUGAUUCUUCUGGAGCUGAUCACGGGGCGGCGGGCUGUGGUGCCUGAUCCCGACGACGCAGACAGCAGGCUGCGCAUCACGGAAUGGGCGGUGCACUACGUGCAUGAGGGCGACGUGCACCUGAUUGCGGACCCGCGUGUCUUUUCACGCGCCUUUGCGGGUGCGUUCCAGCUGCUGGGGCAGAUUGCAGCGGACUGCGUGCAGGAGUUGGUGGAUCAACGGCCCAGCAUGCGCGACGUGCGCGAGAGAUUGCUGGCUGUUGAGGCGGAGCACUUUGGGGAUAAUAAAGGCAUGAGCUCGGGCGUUGUGGUGGCUGGGUUGACUGAGGUUCGGGUAGAUGAUGGGCGAAAAGAGUGA